GACGAGUAAAAAGGGUGAUGGACAAACGUGCGGGCACUAAGACCGCAGGGCAUUCAUUUCCUCCUACGGUGGCUGCGGACGCCGGGAGGAGGAGAGCCCGGGAGCGAGGAGAGAACACGUAGCGACUCCGAAGAUCAGCCCCGAUGAACAUGUCAGUGUUGACUUUACAAGAAUAUGAAUUCGAAAAGCAGUUCAACGAGAAUGAAGCCAUCCAAUGGAUGCAGGAAAACUGGAAGAAAUCUUUCCUGUUCUCCGCCCUGUACGCUGCCUUCAUCUUUGGUGGUCGGCACCUAAUGAACAAGCGGGCCAAGUUUGAGCUGAGGACGCCGUUAGUGCUCUGGUCUCUGACCCUUGCUGUCUUCAGUAUAUUCGGUGCUCUUCGAACUGGUGCUUAUAUGGUGUACAUUUUGAUGACCAAAGGCCUGAAGCAGUCAGUUUGUGACCAGAGUUUUUACAAUGGACCUAUCAGCAAGUUCUGGGCUUACGCCUUUGUGCUAAGCAAAGCACCCGAACUAGGAGAUACAAUAUUCAUUAUUCUGAGGAAGCAGAAGCUGAUCUUCCUGCACUGGUACCACCACAUCACUGUGCUCCUGUACUCCUGGUACUCCUACAAGGACAUGGUCGCCGGGGGUGGUUGGUUCAUGACCAUGAACUUCAGCGUGCACGCCUUGAUGUACUCUUACUAUGCCCUGCGAGCGGCUGGUUUCCGAGUCUCUCGGAAGUUUGCCAUGUUCAUCACCUUGUCCCAGAUCACGCAGAUGCUGGUAGGCUGUGUCGUUAACUACCUGGUCUACUACUGGAUGCAGCAUGACCAGUGUUACUCUCACUUUCAGAACAUCUUCUGGUCCUCACUCAUGUACCUCAGCUACCUUGUGCUCUUCUGCCACUUCUUCUUUGAGGCCUACAUGGGCAAGAUGAGGAAAAUCAGGAAGACUGAAUAGUGUUGGGACUGAGGGGGAAGCCAUAGCUCAGGGUCAUCAAGAAAAAUAAUAGACAAGAGAAAAUGGCACAAGGACUCACAUAUGGUGCAGCUAAAACACAACACAACACAUGAGCAAACACAAAGCCCAAGGCAGCAUAGGAAUGAUCAGGUUGACUUAACCCAGUAAGUUUAUGAUCCUUUUUGGGUGAGGACUCACUGAGGGCACCUCAAUCUCAAAGGAUUGCUGCUGGAAGACCCCAUGCCCUCUUUAUCUGUCGACCCUCAGACAAAUGAGAACAAAAGUGAACCAGAGGCAGAAAGAGAAACAGGAGACAAACAAAAGCUAUUAACACUAUUUGAAAAAAAUGUAUUUACUAAGUGUUAUAUUUCUCUAAGGACGAAAGAAGUUUACUUUAAAAACUGUGCGAGCACAUAUGCAUACAAUCCUUUCUAACCUUUUUCCGACACUAAACUGGAGCCAACAUAAUAAAUAAAAAUGGACGAAACACAGGGUGUGUAUCUGGAACAAUGAUGCUUUUGCAAAAAUUAAAGCCUUUUUUAAGAACGGCUAGUAGUCGUAGCCCCCAUGAGAAAAUUUCAACUAAGAGAAAGACUAGUGUUUUUCUCUUCACAGCACAGCCUUGGGCUAGUGAGGUUGCCAAAACCAGACGGGCACAAUAUUUUUCCAAGGUUCUUCCUGGGAGGAUAGAAAUAAUGCAGCCCACUUCCUCCAGGGGCAGCUCCAGCUCAGAGCAUUUCUGAGAGUUUAGCUGUGAUUUCUACACUUAAAUGAGAUACGAAGCAUUAUCCUUGGUCCCGUUGCCCUAGGCUUUUGGGCAGAAGAGUAAAUACAGAAUAGAAAAGAUGAAACUCAGCCAAAUGACUUGAAAUUGGGCUCUGAACUACCUGUAAAAAGGUUCAGCCCAAGACCAUUCUUGAGCUGGGAAAGGGAAAACAGACAGCGGGAAGAGAAGUCAGAGGAAAAUCAAGGCAAUGGACAGACAAUGUGUAUGCCCCUCCUACCGGACUUCACACAUUCUCAUAACUUUCCAAAUGAAACCCUGUGGUACAGUCCAUAUUUUCUAUAUUUUUGUGAAUUUCAAAAAGAAAUCUGCAGGGCCUUUCCUGAUAAUGGGUGAACACUGUGCUUCUGCAUCCUCUGCAUUUGCUCCCUAAGCAGUGCAGGGGGUAUAAAGUGCCCUCUGCUGGUCAAGUGGAGAUGCUUCAACAAACACUCAUGCAAGUUUGGCUGGAACAGUUGACAACAACAGGCCCCUUCUAGGCUUAUCCUUCAAAUUUUAAAUGGUAUAAAAUACUCGUAUUUUUGGCCAAAUCAGAAGAUGUUCUUCCUGCUUCAAAUGACUUCAGAAAUUUUUUAAAAGGGACUUUCACUCUGGAACUCAGAAAAAUCAACAUAUUAAGAGCCAUAUUCUUAAAAGAAAUAAAAAGAAAGCUAGAUAAUAUAAUAUUACCUGUAAUAUUUCAGUCCUUUACAAGCCAAAUAAAUGUGUAAACAUUCCUAGUAUUUCAAAGAAGCAGUUACAUAAAGUUGUUCAAUGUGAUAUAAUAGUAUUCUAAUUGGUUACGUAGCUUAAUGAUUAGACAAGCUAGACGAUAAGCUUAGGGCCUACCACCUACAUAGAUUCUAUACGCAGAACCACACACGUAUGCACACCGAUGUGGGGGAUCCACACACGUAUGCACACCCACGUGGGGUGAACCCAACUUCAAAGCCCAAGUGGAUAGAAACCCAUUUUCUGGCUAGCAGAAAAAGAAACUGUUGUUUAUCUUUCUUGCUUUAUUUGAGAGUGUACAGUAAAAAGGGAUUUUUCAAAUUAUUUUUAUAUUAUUUUAGCUUUAAUUGUGCUGUCAUUCAUGAAACAGAGCCGCUCUGCUUCUCUGUCAGAGAUGACAAGGGCUUUCUCAGCAUCUCGUCUAUGUGUGGAAUUUAAAAGAAUAAAGUUUUAUUCCAUUCUGUGUGAAUGGUUUGAACAAUGAACAAAGAAUCCAUGCAGACCAAGUCAUGACUGAUAGCCUGGCUGGGGGUGGGGAGGGAGCUGCUACAUCUGUGUUAAAUUAUUGUGAACAGUCUAUGAUGUCGUGACGUAGGUUCAUAGAUGAGGAACAAUUGAUGGAGGAAUGUAUUAUUAUUAAUAUUUUUAUUGUUAUUAUUAUUAUGGCAAAACUGACAUGAGCUGAAAAAGUGGGUCCUGCUAUGACAACUAGUGGAUCUGAGGAUGCAAAUGAUGUUACUUUGAGCUUUGAAAAUACGUGAUGCUGUGCAAUAGGCUUUUUUUUUUUCUUAUAGGAGAAAAUGAGCAGAAUGAUUAAAAUAAGGAAAAGGCCAAAUAGGAGCUGACUUGAGUUUAAUUGAAGGACCACUCAGAGCUCCUCUGGUUGAUUUAAUUUAAUUAUUCAAUCCAUUGAUUUGUCAUUGAUCCUUUAAUGCAGGUUAGAGUGAGGGAAGGGGCCUGGACUUUAAGUAGACUCGAAAUGAUGCUUCCAAAGCACUUUCAUUUUGAUGCAGGUUCAUACUUGUGUGCACUUGUGAGAUAAUUUAGAAUUUUUGUUUACAGGUUGAAUGUUUAAUAAACGGUUUUUAAAUUAGCUAAAUAUA